AUGAGUGCUUGUUACGACGAUGGCCUGCCAUUGCUGGAUGGAGAGAGAAGAACGCGGGAUAGUAUUCAUACUGCACUUUUAGAAGACAAGACGCCCGAGAUUCUCUUUGAUGAAGAUGCAAUUGGUGAUACAGAUUUAGAUCAUGAAGAGGACGAUACCAUGUCGAUCGAAGGAUCAAUUGUACUGGAUGAGGACACUAAGAUGCUGCUGUACAAAUCAACGGGACGUGUUGGCUCGAAGGAAAAAUGGGGACUUGAAUCUUUGGCUCUGGACUUGAAGAUACAACGUGUAGGAAUUGAUAUCUCGGACGGCGUGUUAGUGAAGGUGGAAGGCUUGUAUUUGCCAAAAGAGAAGGACGAGAUGAAGGAGAGACUAUGGUUUGAAUUAGGAGACAAUGAGGUCAUUCUGAAGGUUCAUUUGUUCCGAGUCCGUCGAGAGAUUCAUGCGAUUCAAUUUGUAACGAACGAACGAACUUCGGAUCGAUUUGGAUACAUUAAACAUGGGGAAUUGUGUAAAGCUGUCGAGGCUCCUGAGGGGAAAUGUUUUGCCGGUUUCUUUGGUGAUUUCUUACGUGGGGACGAGGAGAUUGAUCUUGGAUUUCGGUUUGCAGACCGACCGGAAAGUAAAGAUACGAUGGAAGCUGAAGUCGACGUUGCAGAGAUUGAUCAUGUGAAUUAG